CUCUAUCCAUGAGGACCACCACCCUCUUGAGAGUCUCUCCUUUUGGCCUUCCCCUAUUAAUACUAAUUAAAUCCCCUUCUGGUUCACACACGCCCAGGCUUCAGUCUCACUUUCACUCCCCACCCAUCCAACCGCACCAGCACACUCUCUCUGUCUGUAUGUUCAUCAAACUCAAUCAUACCCAGUGUUGAAAAACUUGCUCUACCCCUCUCUGCCACUCGGUCCCGGAAUUGCACACUCGGGAGAAGAAAAAUGUCUCGCUUGGACCAUUCCUCUGAUGAUUCAUCUGUGGACUCUAGAGCUGAGGAUAUCAGUCAAGAUUCUAAGCUGGAAUUCUCCGAAGAUGAGGAAACGCUCAUAACUAGAAUGUUCAAGCUAGUUGGUGAGAGGUGGUCGCUAAUCGCCGGGCGAAUCCCCGGGAGAACCGCGGAGGAAAUCGAAAAGUACUGGACUUCAAGGUAUUCGACCAGUGAAGACUGAGAGAGACCAUCUCUGCGGUGCUUUGGCACUUGAUGAAGACGCAAUUUUGGCUUUAUUUGAGCGUAGUCUGGAUGUGCUUUUGCUAGUUGCUUUACUGAUGAAGAAGAAGGAAAACGUCUGUAGGGUAUUGUGGUGUUAAAUUAGGAGGGGAAAGAAAAAAAAUCAAAAGGGGGCUCCUCUAAUUGCAGAAUCAUGUAGAUUGGGUUGGGUUCUAUAACUUUUAGUAUGGAACGAUGAUUCACUUUUUGGGUAA